CGCCGUGAGAUUAGAUUGGACAGGUGAAAAGCAGAACCAUCCCUCCAUUUGGAGGCCGGAGGAUGCGAGGCACUAAGACCCAGUGGAGAGCAAAGGGAGUCUGGGUGCUGCCUGCCUGUCUGCUCUGCACGGCUCUGCAGUUGCCCUGGGCACGUGCUGGAGCCAGUACAUGUUUGUAUGGAAGUGUGUGAGGUGGGAGAGAGAGAGAGUGAGAGAGAGAGAGAGAGAGAGAGAGAGAGAGAGAGAGAGAGAGAGAGAGAGAGUGUGUUACUGUGUGUCCAACCCUUUGCACAUCACAGGCUGGAUGACAGGACCCCUCCUCUUUUUAAAAAAUUGUUUGUUCACUCUCAGUCUUCUGCUACUGCUCUGCCUUUCCCACCUGGAUCGAAGACCUGGCCUGAAGCAGAGCAGGGCGGAGGGAGGUGUGUGUUGUGUGUUUUGUGUUUGAAGGGGAUGGUGGAGUGGGGGCGGUCAGCGUGAUGACGAGAUGAAAAGGGCCAGGUGAGGAGGAGACACAGGAGCAUGCCUCUCCUCUCACACUCUCUCUCUCUCUCUGUGACGUAGUGUGGUGUGUGUGUGUGUGAGUGAGUGUGGGUGUACAUGUUUGGUGUGUCAGUGUGUGUUUGCUGUGUGUGUGGGAGAGAGAGCGAAACAGGUCGGCUUUCCCUCAGCAGACUGUGAACAUGCAGAGGAGGAAUCAGCCCUCUCCAGACUGAGAUAUUCUCAACUGAAGAGAGAAGAAAAGAAGAGACGGAAAGAGUGAAAGCUCGACUGGGACCAGGGCAAGAAAAGCCCCAACCGCCAUGACAGACACCACCGCCUGAGCUUCUCAGUGACACCCUACGACAGGGGAGGAUGGGUGAUGGGCCCGUAAAAUUCAGCGGACUCUCUCCUCCUUAUGCCAUCCUCUCAUGGAGCAUCCUGUCACACCCAGCCCCUCCUGGAACACUUCUCUCUCCGGGCUCCCCACAUUUCCAGCCUGGCUGCAUCCGAAUAUCUCUAACGUGACCUUGCCCGUCACGAGCACCCGAAGUGGGGUAGAUCUGAACCAGUCUCUUGCACUAUGUGCUAUGCUCAUCAUGGAUGUGCUGGCCGUGGUGGGGAACUUGGCCGUGAUGAUUGUCAUCACCAAGACUCCACACCUGCGUAAGUUUGCCUUCGUGUUCCACCUCUGUCUGGUGGACCUGCUAGCAGCGCUGGUGUUGAUGCCCCUGGGGAUGCUGUCAGAACAAAUCCUGGCGGACGAGGCGCUGUGUCGGAGCUACCUCUGCUUGAGCGUGUGUCUAGUGAGUGCUGCCAUCCUCACCAUCUGUGCCAUAAACGUGGAGCGCUACUACUACAUCGUCCAUCCCAUGCGUCACGAGGUGAAGAUGACGUUGGGCGUGGUGGUGGUGGUAUUAGUGGGAAUCUGGAUUAAAGCUGUUGUCAUGUCAUUGCUGCCACUCGUUGGAUGGCUGCUCCAGGGGAACCACGGUCUGGGGACUCCGUCUGUCCUCAUACCCGGUCAGAGACACUGCUCGCUGCAUUGGACGGGAGGCAGGACCAUGCGCCUGCUUUUCAUGGUCUUUUUUACAUUUAUUUAUUUUCUGUGCCCCAUGCUGAUCAUUCUCGUGGUCUACUGCAACAUGUUCAAGGUGGCACGAGUCGCAGCCAUGCAGCACGGCCCCCUCCCCACCUGGAUGGACGUGCCGCGACAACGGUCCGUGUCCAACAGCAGCCACUCCACCAUGGCAGCCAGCCUAGGAGGAACUGGUGUACGCACCACCCCUCAGAGGACAUUCAACGGCGGGAAGGCUGCAGUGGUCCUGGUGGCAGUGGGAGGCCAGUUCCUCUGCUGCUGGCUGCCAUAUUUCUCUUUCCAUCUCUACUCGGCUGUGGUGUCUACCUCUCCGGCCUCGCUGGCCCGACUGGAGGACAUGGUCACAUGGAUUGGCUAUUUCUGCUUCACCUCCAAUCCCUUCUUCUACGGCUGCCUGAACCGGCAGAUUCGCGAGGAGCUGGGCCGCCACCUGGCCUGCCUCUUCAAGUGGGCUGGGCCCAGGGAAGGGGAGCAGCUGCCCAGCCGCGAGGCCUCUAUUGAGGAAAACUUUUUGCAGUUCCUUCAGGGCACUGGAUGCAAUCUGGAGCCCUGCAACUCUCACAGCAGAGCCAGCCCAGAGGAGCAAGAGACCGAGGCUGUACAUGAAUCAGCUGCUCAGCAGAACACGCCAGCUGACUUCCAUAUCCCAGGGCAGAUCUUUGAGGAGACCUCAGAGUUCAUUCAGCAGCAACCGCUGAACAAUGAGCUACAUGUAUCAGAGAACGAGAAAUGCUGCAAAACUGUACCAGAGCUGUAGCUGCCUCUCAUGCACUGUCUCUUUUGCCAUUCAAUAGUCCAAAAUAUACUUUUUCACAUUUCCCAAAAAAUUGUUAAUACAACAAUGUUUCUUCUACAAGAGUGUUUUAUUUUCAAAAUUACAGUGAACUGCAAAACACGGGUAUCUUCUUUGAAGAAUUUAAGUCAUAGAGCUUUCCAGAGAAGGACACAGCUGAGUUUAUUACGUGCAUCAUCUCACACACAUCCCCAAUGGCCAUGACGCGGCAUCAUUACAUGUUUCCAGAGCCAUACAGUGUCGGGCUCUUUUCUGAGAUAGGUCAGCAGAUGGACCACAGCACAGUGAAGUGACAAAGAUCUCAUAGAUGUGGGUAGGUCAUUAGACAUGAGGCAAUAAUGUACACUAAACAAAUUGUCAUGGCACAUCAUCACUAUUUCAUCUGACUUCUGCAUCUUCCUCUUCUGGAUUCUGUUUUUUUUCUUCCAGUUGACUAAAGUGCUUAAUACGUUCCCACUGAAGCCCCUUGACAAUCAGUUCAUAUUGACUCUGUGAUGCAACUGACUCUCUUUGAGCAUACAUAUGCCCUUUUCACUGAUUUAACUUCUGAUCCAAUCAUAAAAACCAAACUGCCCCCCCCUCUCCCAUCUACUUUGAGGCCCUGGUUCACCUCCAACAAAGUGUUAUUUCAUCAAGCUCCCUGCUGAUGGAACAAUGAAGAGGUGGUUCAAGAAAAAACUGUCAUUGUUGUAGCUGUUGUUGCCAGUUUGUUCAUGAGUUUGAUUGUUAAUAAAUGAAAUGAUCUGUUUUCAUCACGGGUUUAAUCCUCAUACGAAUUGAUGCAGGAAUGUCUCCUCGAUACGAAGGAGUGAAUAUUCAGCGCUCCAAUUGGAAUAUUCAUUGUGUCGAACAGGAUCAUUUCACAGCUGGGGCUGCUGCUGCUGCUGGUGUUUAUAAUAAACAAGCUGACACACCAGUGUAUUUUUAAACACUUUCCAGCAACACUUUAAUCAUGUUUAUCUGUUUCUUAGUCUUGUGAUUAUCACCUCCCCAUCAAAAUCACCUCACAUUGCGCGACUUGUGAUUUCUACAGCUUCCAACUCAAAGGACAACAUUGUGACUGGUGUAAUGUGUAUGACAUUGUUGGUGUUAAGGAUUAAUCUUUGUGAAAACAUUGGCCACAGGACGUUAAAGCUGUCAUUCUGUUGAACCGAGGCUCCCCGGCGGACCGUUUUUUCCGGGAUGGUGGACCAGUCCACCGUUCGCCCGUGAUGUCUGUGCUUGUUUACAGGUAAACACGGGAGCAGCGCGAGUGCUCUUGAGUUUGUGCUAUAAACAACGGGGCUUGUUGUGGCCACACAGCCCACAGGUGUGACAAUGCUUACACAUUGCAAGAUUUGCCUUUGGCCUCAUUUCGCAACAAAUGGAAGACACUGGUGAUACUUCCUCUGAUCUCAGGUGGAUUACAGUUUGCACAAGUCACACGGGCAGUGAUGAUCCAAAGAGAAAUUACAAGGCACAAAAUCUCUUACAAAACACUUUUUUGUCUCGCUCCCCCCCCCCCCACUCUGCUCCUUUGUGCUGCCUUCAUCUAUUUUGGACUGCCUCAUACAAGACUGUUGAUAUGAUCACAAGACUCCCUACACAAGGAAUGCAGGGAAGGUUCAUGUUUUGCUGGGAGUCAGAACAAAAAAAGGUCCCUUUGUUGUUGUUGUUGUUGUUGUUGUUGUUGGUGAGGGGUGGGGGGCGGGAUAAUGUUCUUAAUUUUUUUGCCAUAAGACUUUGUUGCUGACUGAUUCCCAGAUGCGUCUGUUGUGCCAUCUCGCUUUCUGAAGUGUUUCUUUUGUGUCAAAACAAGGUGCGGUAAUGUUGGGCCCGAAUGUAGCUUGACGUAAAAAUCAAGAACAAGGAGCACAAGACAAAAAUCACUGACGCAAUCCUCAGCGUUCUACAGGUUCUAUGUUUUUAAAAAAAAUCUAUCAUUGGUAGUAUUAAAACUACAAAAUACAAAAUCAGAAUAAAUAUCAACCUCCAAUUUUAUGGAACCAAAUAACAUAAACUUGCCGGUUAGUAUCGAACCAGCAUCAAUUUACAAGGGUUUAAGCUUUUCUGAUUAUCUGAGAUCGUCCUCAUUGAGCAUUAUCAAUCAUCUGAUCUUUAUUUAUCACAAUGUUUUACCACAUUCAGUGGUAUUUCACAAGACCUGGAGUCAUUACAAAGCCCCUUAUGUCAAGUGUACAUCAGUGCACCAUUCAAUCAGCUGGAUUUCCGUUACCGUAGCAGCGAAUUAGCCCUGACCAAUCUGAUUACACGCCUUAAACUCUAUGUCUGCUAUCAUCUGUUGCUUAUGAGGACGGGGAGAUAAGCUGUUCUGAAGGUGAAUGGCAAAUAAUGUUCCCAACAUCGGGAAUGUUCGUGGAAACACGGUUUCUGUCACCUCAUACAGUCCACAUGUUCAUUUUUGCUCUCUGUAUCUCUUUUUGUACCUAAGCUGAAAAGACUGUUUGUAUUCUUCAUAUUUCAGGUUUAUUUGGCCCCUUGUUAAGACCCCCCUGUGUAUUGGUUAUCCAUCAGUUGAAAUUAUUUAAAACGCUGCAAGACGAUUAAAUUGAGUGUGUUGUG